AAUAUGAAUCUAACUUCAUGUAUUUCUGAAUGAGAAGCUAAUACUGUGUGAAGACCAGACUGCUCAGCUCCCUGGCUGCUGCUGGGGGCUGUUUAAGAGGCAGAGCAGAGAGACAGGAGGGAGGGAGAGAGAAGGGGAGAGGGAGGGGGAGGCCGGCCGCCCUGCAGCGUCUGUCUGCGGGAACAGGCGAACUUACAGAGCACGGCUGGCUGGAGGAGUCGACGGGGGAAAACGACUCGUCCCUGGAAAUGCGUUACAGCUAGCUAAAAUACAAGGGCUUUCGAUCUGAACUGCAAAACAGUGCCUCGUUUUUUGUUUUUUUCGCGGUCAUGUGUAUUUAAGAGUCUUAUCUCGUCGUUAAAGGCCCCUUUUUUGGCUUGGACUCAAACGCAAAGCUAUUCAGACCGAUUUUACCCCCUCAUGUCGGUCUUGUUCAGCUUGUUCAGGAAGAUUUUACCCGACGGGCUCGACGCCGCAGUUUGGAUUUCUGGCAGAUAAUCUCGUCGCAUUUUUCAUAGACACCGUCUGAGUCCCAAAAAACUGCUCGACUGUGAGUGAAGAAAAAGGGGGAGCCAGGUGGUAAGAAGCUGCCAAAUGUUUGUUACUAGCUGACGGAGCUAGCUCGGUAGCUAACUAACCGAAAUGGACUGUCAGGACAGCCGUCGGAGAAUUCAGCCACAUCGAGGGAGCUGCUUGCGGUGAAAUUAAAAUUAGCAAACCCCUGUCAGCUGUUUAGAUUCAGCACUAGGUACCGAGUUAGCCGAGAGAGAGAGACUCUUCGGUUUGUCAGUUUUAUUUUGGUGACUCGCUGAUGUCGGGACGGCGGAGAUUUCGCUAGCUUUAGCCAAGUAACGUUAACGUUAACGGCGAAAUACAGCCAGAUGAAAUGUAAGGAAGUCACAUAGCGAUCUUGCUAAUCCUGCCGCAAACUCUCAGUGCUUGGUUAGCUAGCUAAGCUGGCUUGCUGGAAAGCAGACGGAUCGAUUGAAGCUAACCGUUAACCCAGACACGGCACUCGGGGCGAAGCUGUUCCUGAAGCAGGGAAUAAAAUCAUGUGUCGCCCGUUCACAGUCGCACUCGUUCACUCUGCUGUUGUACUCUUCCCUCCGAGCGAAUGAGCUCGGAUACUCGACUGGAAAGAAGAAAAGGAGGAAAAAUACAGCCCUGACUCGGAGCAGUGCUCUAACACUUCAGAAGGGAGGAAAAACCAUGGACGGGAUGGCAGUCUUGGGCCGGGUGUCUGUUCUGGCGUUGGGGCUUUGCGCCGUGCUGCUGCUGAGCCCCGUGGCUGCUGCUCAGAGUGAGGAGAGAGAGUGUGCAUUUAAUGACCAGCACCAGCAGUUUGACGAGCAGAGCGUGGCUGGUGAUUGGCGUGUGACGCGGGAAAACAACACAAUCCUGUGCAGCAAAAGCAGCCGCUGCUAUGGCCUCUGGGAGAAAACCCACGACGGGGACAUCCGCCUGGUUAAACAAGGCUGCUGGACCUACAUUGGAGACCAACAGGAUUGCCAUGACGACCGUUGCGUGGUGACCACCACACCGUCACAGAUCCAGAAUGGCACCUACCGUUUCUGCUGCUGCAGUACAAACAUGUGCAAUGUCAACUUCACAGAGAACUGGGUUCCCAGCCCUACUAGCGCGACCAUAUUGGACCCUCGGCCUCUCUACCGUGAGGAGGCCAUCUUCAUCGCCCUGGCGUCUGUUUCCAUAGUAGCUGUUCUCAUCGUGGCACUCUUUUUCGGCUACCGCAUGCUGACAGGAGACCGUAAGCAGGGCCUGCACAAUAUGGACAUGAUGGAGGCAGCAGCGUCUGAGCCCUCUCUCGAUCUGGAUAGCCUGAAACUGUUGGAGCUGAUUGGCCGAGGACGCUAUGGCUCUGUGUACAAGGGCUCACUGGAUGAACGUCCAGUGGCAGUAAAAGUCUUCAGUUAUGCAAACCGACAGAACUUUAUCAACGAACGUGCAAUUUACCGAAUCCCCCUGCUGGAGCACGACAACAUAGCACACUUUAUCGUGGGAGACGAGCGACUGACAACAGACGGGCGGAUGGAGUACCUGCUGGUGAUGGAGUACUACCCACAUGGCUCUCUUUGUCGGUACCUCAGUCUGCAUGCGCUGGACUGGGUCAGCUGCUGCCGUCUCGCCCACUCAGUCACCAGAGGACUGGCCUACCUGCACACGGAGCUCCUUAGAGGAGAUUCAUACAAACCUGCGGUGUCACACCGGGACUUAAACAGCAGAAAUGUCCUGGUCAAGAAUGAUGGCACAUGUGUGAUCAGUGAUUUCGGCCUGUCUAUGAAACUGACAGGAAACCGCCUUGUCCGCCCUGGAGAGGAGGAGAAUGCUGCCAUCAGUGAGGUUGGGACCAUUCGCUACAUGGCCCCAGAGGUACUGGAGGGGGCAGUGAACCUAAGGGACUGUGAGUCUGCCCUAAAGCAGGUGGAUAUGUACGCCAUCGGCCUGAUCUACUGGGAAACCUUCAUGCGCUGUACAGACCUCUUCCCAGGGGAGACCGUACCAGAGUACCAGAUGGCUUUCCAAGCAGAGGCAGGGAACCACCCAUCCUUCGAGGAUAUGCAGGUGCUGGUGUCCCGAGAAAAACAGAGACCAAAGUUCCCCGAGGCCUGGAAGGAGAACAGCCUGGCUGUGCGUUCUUUGAAGGAGACGAUGGAGGACUGUUGGGAUCAGGAUGCAGAGGCUCGUCUGACAGCUCAGUGUGCAGAGGAGCGCAUGGCAGAACUGCUCCUUAUAUGGGACAGGAACAAAUCUGUCAGCCCUACAGUCAACCCUAUGAGCACAGCACUUCAGAAUGAGAGGAAUCUCACCCACAGUCGCAGGGUUCCAAAGAUGGGGCCUUACCCUGACUACUCCUCCUCGUCUUAUAUCGAGGAUCACGAGGGCAUGGUGAAGAACCUUCCUGGAGAUGUGUCCACCUCAGGCACGUCCUCAGUGAGUGGCAUGGGUGUGAGCGGCAUCAGCACAGGCACAGGGGGCGCUGGAGAGAAGAACAGGAACUCGAUAAACUAUGAGAGACAACAGGCCCAAGCCCAGGCCAGGCUCCCAAGCCCAGAGACCAGUGGAGCCAGUCUCUCCACAACCACCACCACCGCAGGCCUCACCCCCAGCACAGUCAUGACCACCAUCUCUGAGCUGGGCCACUCUGAGGAGGCUGGUGCUGGGGGCAGUGUUCCUGUGUGCCUGCAGCUGACUGAGGAAGACCUGGAGACCACAAAACUGGACCCUAAGGAGGUGGACAAGAACCUGAAGGAGAGUUCUGAUGAGAAUCUGAUGGAGCAUUCACAGAAACAGUUCAGCGCUCCUGACCCACUCAGUUCAGGCAGCUCCAGUCUGCUCUACCCCUUCAUAAAGCUGGCAGCAGAGGUGACUGGAGGGGCUGGAGGUGGGACACAGGCAGAGUUCGGAGCAGGCAGCAGCGGAAUGGGCGAUGCCCCGCCAGCCAUGUUCCCUCUUCCUAAGCAGCAGAACCUCCCUAAGCGCCCCACCAGUCUGCCUCUCAACACGAAAAACCCCAGCAAGGAGUCCUCCUCCUCUCGACUGAAGUUCGGUAAGCACAAGUCUAAUCUGAAGCAGGUGGAGACAGGUGUGGCCAAGAUGAACACAGUAGCAGCUGUGGAGCCUCAUCUGGUCACUCUUACCAACAACGGCCCCGCGGUACGGAGCGGAGUGGGAGUUGUGGUAGUUAACGGCUACGUUAACAGCUCCUCUGGCCCAUUUGGGACCACAAACCCAGCCGGGCCACAGGGUGAGGGAGGGGCACCACUUCUUCAGAGCCAGCUUAGCGGAGAGGACAGCCGCCUCAACAUCAACAUCAACUCUAGCCCUGACGAGCAUGAGCCGCUGCUGAGGAGAGAGCAACCUGCUGCUCGCGACCACACGGGCCGCACAAACUCCAACAACAACAACAGUAACAUCCGCACUUCUGCUCCUAUUGCGCCUACUCGUCCUGCUGCUGCUGUUCUACCCACAGAGCCACCAGCCCAGCCCUCAGUGCCACAGGUAAAGGAAGAAGUUCCUUUGAGACAGCCCAAGCCCAGGAGACCUGAGCGACCCAACUCACUGGACCUGUCAUCCACUUCGCAGGACUCCUCUCUGUCCGGUGAGGGCUCGUCUCAGGAGGGAAAAGCCGGAUCAGGUGAGAAGAUAAAGAAACGUGUGAAAACGCCUUACUCUUUGAAGCGGUGGCGCCCCUCUACAUGGGUCAUCUCCACGGAUACGCUGGAUGGAGAGGUGAACAACAAUGGGGCAGGUGGAAGACAGGGUGCAUCGGGUGCCACCCGCUCCAAAUCCAGCACUGCUGUGUUCCUGGUGGGAGGAGGAACUGCCACCGCCACCCUCUCCUCUGACCCACCUGGCAUGACCUGCCUGUGAACUCUGCCCAUUGAACCCUGCUGAGAAAGGGCCAAGAUCAGCUUGUUGAUACUGGAGGGUUUGGCAGCAUGUUAUUUGUUUCCCAAGAUCCUAUUUGACAUCCAGUAAGAGAAAGUUUAAGGGGAGAGAAAGAGAGAGAGAAAAGAAACCGUUUUGGGAACGCAGACUCUCAGACGUAAUUUGCAAGCACUUAACAUCGUAAUAUGGAACUUCUCCGACUUUCUUUGAAGAAAUUGCUUUAAACCGUACCCAGCUAUGCAGCAACAUUGGCUUAAAAUGCUUCCAUUAUUUUUGUUGUUCCAUUUUAAAUCAAAGUAUGAUUGUAUGUAUGGUCGUUGGAUAAUUACUUUCUUUUAUUUGUUGCACUUUUUUUAUAAGUAAUCUUAAUCACACAGUUAAAUCUGUUUCCUCUGACCAUGUGUAAGGCUGGUCUUAAAACUAAAAAAAAGAAAGAAUAUGACAAUGUGUUGAUUUAACAAUCAUGCUAGACUGCGUUUAUGGACACGAACGAAAUCUAGUCCAUAUAAAAAAGUCAAUAGUAAAAGCAGUGGUCUCUAAGACACAGUUGACUGCAGUCAAAUCUGUUUAGAGGUUUUUAUACAUAGUACAUUCAUACGUUAUGUUUUUGUUGUAUGUAAUAUCUGUGUAUCCCCCAUUUUUGUAUUACAUUUUGAAAUGUGCAAUAGGCUUUAGCUUUGAGGUGCUCUUUAAGACUUACGUUCUAUAUUUUUGCAGCAUUUUUUUAAUAAUAUUGUUAACUAUAUGGUGCACUUACCAGCAACCUUGUGUUUAUACAUGCACCCCAGUUUGCAUCUUAUGGAUGACAAUCCUUUACCUUCUUAUCAAUCCCAUCAAACCUGAGAAGGAGAAGCAAACAAUCAAAAAAAUGGGGUGUCUGUUUGUGUUCUUUGUUUUUAUCUUUACUUCAAAUGUUGGAAGUGCACAGGAGAUGGUUGAAAGCUUGCAAGCUCGAAGGACAGAAGAUUUUCAGUUCUGUUACAGUCUGAGUCAAGCUCCAGCUCAGUCUGGUCUCUGGAAUAAAGUUCUCCCUUCUCAGCAGACACUAAAGUAUAUACAUGUACCCCACUCGUUCACAUGGUCCGUUUUGCGGAGGGGCGGACUGGUCCUCCGCACGUGCGCCGUGGAACGACUGGUGUCUGUGUGGGGAGCGAGUAUGUGUCUACGGCAACAGUCUAACGCAUCGCUCUCUCUGUCUGUAUCUGCGUAAAGGUAUGUGUAAGAGUGCCUGAGCAGUUGUGGCAUUCGAUUUCGCACUUCUGCUGAAAGCUCUCUGCUUUACUCAGCUCCCCGGAGCACAGGUAUGCAAGAGAGUGGACAAGUCAAGUGGCUUAGGUCAAGUUGCUCUCUGCAUUCCACUGUCACAGUUAGCACAGUCAACACGACGUACAUAGUUCAAAUGUAAUUUAUAUGUAUUGUUACACUACAUACAGCUGGAAGUUAAUGUAUACAUUACUGUGCAUUAUUACAGCUACUUCAGUUCUUUCUUUUUCCAACCUCUGUUUAUGAAAACUGUAAUGAAAUGACAGUCUUGUAUAAUGAGAAAUUGUGAUUAUGCUCAUAUGUAUCAGACUUCAGAGUAAGAGUACUGAGCGUUAGUACUUACCUUUCAUUUUCUUAUGAGUACAAUCAUAUUGACAAAGGGAAACUGACUCUAGAUCAGCGCUCUUAGCCUCGUAGGCUGAUACAUAUGCGUCCUGAGGUCUUUUUUAGCUGUUACUCCUCAGUUGCUAGUUUUUGUUUUAGCUAUUUUUAUUUUCCUUUUUUUUUACGUAGUGCCAAGGGCCAAACCUCAAAUCUGUAUGUUAAGAUUGUGUCUGAAGCAAGGCUGUUAUUUUUAUUAUUAUUCUAAUGAAAUCUGUGAGAUGUUUAUAACCAUGUAUAACUGUCAUACUUGCAUUUUAUUUUUCUCUGUAAUGUCCCUUUUAAGUUUAUUGGCAGUUUAAGGGUUGCGCUGUCAUCCAUCACGUUGGGUUUUCCCUCAUCUUGAUGCAAUUCAGUCCUUCAUGUGUAAGAGCAGUUUGAACAAAGGUUGCUGUCAUGCCUGCAAAACCAAACAAAAUUUAUCAGUGCCACUAGAAUCAUAAUCAGACAUAAUUAUUGUGUUUUAAACGUUGCAUCCCAUUGUUUUAAUCACCCUCAUUCUAAACUGACUUUUGAGGGCAGUUGAUGCGUCUACCAGCUAAAUUUCUUCCCUUGCCACAAUUACUGCCUCUGGAGUCGGAUGCAUUCUGCAGACGGUUUGAAAGCUGCAGAACUGCUGUGAGCUUCAGACUUGAGCCAUUCAAAUAAUUACAUAUUGAUGCUCCGUUCUGGAAAACCGUGUGAUGCUGCAAGGCAAAGCUUUCCCAAAUAGAGACUAAUGUAAAAUUCUCUCUCCAAGCAUACUGUAUCCAUCGUAAAUUACAGUAAAGUUCUUAGUAAUGAGGAAACAGUAAACCACUUACAAUGUGCCAAGUCCGCUUUGGACUAGGCUCUCUAUGGAAGUGGUGAGAAAACUGUUCUAGCUAACGACUGAAAAUGAGAAAUCUUUUGCAUUUCCUCGUAUCUAAAUUGUUGAUGUGAAAAUCGUCCUUUUCUUUGUGUGUGUGUAAUAUAGGCUCACCGAUGUGGUGUAAAUAUAUCUGUAUAUAGUGCAGUUGCCUGCGCAUAUACAGAAGACUCAACUGUUGCUGUGGGACCAAGAGAUAAUGCUACAACACUGUGAUUAUUUAUCUCUAGAUAAAAUAGCACAGUAAUGCAAGCCAGAUCGGAAUUACAUGUUAUGUACAUGUUGUUCAUCUCUGGAGCCAAACGAGUGAAAAAUGUAAAGAAAUAUGAUGCUUAUUACCCCUAUACAAGAUAAAGUAGUACCUCCACAUGUUUAAGAAUUCUCAGUGUUCCCAGCUCUCUGUGUUUUCCCAUUGACUAGAUGUUUGAUUUCAAAAUGAAGAUGAAUAUUGGAGAGGAAUAUUGGCACAGAAUUUAAGUUUGCUCGGUGAAUCAAUCCUCUGGGCUACAUAAUAAUUUUGUCAAUCUUUACACUAGUGACCACCUCUACAUUUUCUAUAAACCCCUCUACAGUACUGAAUAGACUGAAGCUCUAUGGGCAGAUGUCCUGGACUCAGAUUAAGUUUAUUAUGUUUAGUGCUUUAUUGGAUUUUAAAUGGAAAUUCAGCAUUGCCAGACUGAUUCAGUUCAGGACUAGGCUAAUCUGUGUGUGGAACACUUUCCUUCUAUCCCUUUAAUGCCAGCCAUCGAGCUCUGGGCUGUACUCUAGAGUAAACAUGGCAGCUUUUGGUUAUGAGGCUGUCACAUGGCUUGAACUCAACCUUGCUUGUAAAGACUGAUUGAGGUGAAAGUAGGCCACGUUGCUAGUUUUCUAACAAAAUCAUGUCUGUUGAACUACACCCACUCAUAUCAUAUAAAUAUAAAGCUUAAUAUGCAAUUCAGUAAUAUAAAUCUAAAUAUGCAUUUCAAACGGCCCCGAAACUGCCAGUUCCACUAAACGCAAAAGGAAUGCAAGUUGAUUCAUAAAUCCCAAAACCACUGCACCUCUUUUCAAAUCCAGGCAUGCACAUAAAUGUCCAAGUUUAACUGGGCGAGCGGUAUGUCAUCUUAAAAUCCUCAAGAAGCUAGAAGAGUAGUUGAUUUUCUUUUGUAUGUCUAUGUGUGAAUGUGAAUGAAAGGUAUUUGUUCAUGAUGGGCUGCUGUUUUUUCUUUUUUUUUUCUUUCAAUCUGUUAAAUUCAUACUGACGCUGAAGGCUCCAUUCAGAUCUGUGGCCCCUGCAUAGAGUGUUGCUCAAAAAAGCCACUGAAAUGUUUUCUAUUACAGCUUGUAAAGUAAGCGCUUUGAGAAAAAGAACAAAUGAUAACUCUACUCAGUUUAGUCUACUCAGAAAGAUAUAUGUUUAAAUGCCAUUUAGAAAUAAAGCUUGCUGUACAACCCUGCAUUACUCAGUUGAUUAAAGAUUAUAUUAAUGAA